AUGGCACGUGAUGGGGGUUCGAGGCUGACGUCUGUCUGCUUUCUCGCUUCAUAUAUCUGGUUAUCAUGUUCAUUACAGAGACAUUCGUUAAUAGAUCAACCACGACUGUCCUCAUUUUUACUCUUAUUCAUCUCAGGCACGGUAGCUUUCAUAGCUAGCCUGUUUUCAAAAUGGCUUCCCGGCGCAGAUGGGAGAUUUGAUUCGGAGGCGGUUCUGAAGGGAAUGCAGUCAUCCAUGCCACACCGCCCUCGCCGUUUUUAUGUUCCUUGUAUAAUACUUCUUAUUGUCUUCCGAUUGGAGAUCGCACACCAAGCCCUAACUUAUUUCCAAUGUGCUUCUGAAGGCGUAGAGGCUUUUCUCCCUAUACUCCUAGCUGCCUAUGAGUUCUUUUUACACCGUGCGCCUACGAUUGUGUCUGAUGAGCCUGAAGAUAUGUGGGGUAACCCGUUAGACGACUUCAAGAAUUGGCUCAUAAGCUCUCCGAUCAAUGUCCUCGUUAGUACUAUCGUGUUUAGUUAUGGAGUUUUUAUGACAAGCGAUUUUACUUCAAGGUCUACAUACUUUUGUACGACCUAUGGAAAGGGAGGUACCCUCGUCCCAUUCUUGCAGUGGGUGGGCGUUUUCACCGAUGCGGUCAUUAUAGUUAUGGCAUGGAGGGUGCUUUCAUGGGCGCGGACUACAAAGGGUCGUCUCCAAACGCUUGGUGGGAUCCUGCUCAUGGCAUCUGCUGGUGUCUUGCUUCUAUGUCUAGAGACGCGGAUAUCUCAGCAUCGCGAAAUCAUUAACCACCAUCCUUUCAGGGGGAUCGGCUCCCUCUACUUUUUCGAUGUUUUUAGCACAGGACUGCUUGUCUCCACAUUCGUUAUAUCAAUGGCACUCUGGGCUUGCGAUUCUACUAUAUUAGAACCUACGGCCGUCGCGACUUUCACUUCUGGUAUAUUGGCCAGCGUUCAGAAUGUCUCGUUGAUCGGGACAUACCAGCAGACCUCAUCUAGUCAACCGGUGAUAGUGCUAUCUAUUAUCUCUGUUGGUUUUGUCGUCUUUACAUAUGCAAAUAGCAUGAGAUGGAUUGUCGUCUUCAAGCGAGUAAUACUCCUGUGUCUGCUUGCCUGUAUUAUAUUCACUUCAACGAUUUAUGCUAUAUUCAAAAAUGGGCAAUUGGAUCGCCAUCCUGUUGACGAGCUUGUUUAUAGGAGAAGAGUAGAAGCAGAUCGCUGGCUCCGACAUGCAACUGUCAGUACUACACUGAAACUUGCUGUUACAGAAUACAAAGAUCGUCAUCAGGGACGCGACCCACCACCAAACUUUGACAAGUGGUUUGAGUACGCACGGCAGCGGAAAUCGGUUAUCAUCGACAAAUUUGAUCAGAUCGAGAAAGAUCUCCAGCCCUUUUGGGGUAUGAAGCCACAAAAGAUCCAGGAGGGCUUGGAAAAGUUGUAUGGGUUACCGGAUAUUGCGAUUAUUAAAAUUGCCGAUGGCCAAGUAUCCUACAAACUGCCCCCACUGUCGCCUCACAAGGCGGUGGUAGAAUAUGCGGCAUCGAUGAUUUCAACAUUUGUUGAACACCUCCCUCCUAUGUCUAUUGCUAUUAAUCUAAACGAGCGACCAAGAAUCCUGGUUCCUUGGGAUGAUGUCCAUAGAUUAACUAUGGCGGGAAGUAGGGAGCGGUUUCAGCUUCUUCAUCGUAUACAUAAACGUGAGGGAAAGGAGCCAAAUUUGGCAAGGGAUGGUCGUAUCGAUACGGCCAAGGUUGUUCUCGAGCCGGAUACCCAAACAUACGUAUCUCCAACGAAGUUUCGACAACUCGAAGCCUUGGCCUGCCCGCCUGGUUCUGCCGCACGCGGAGGAGUACACUGGGACGUGAGAGAUUUCUGUCCUUCGUGUGUGAAACCUCACUCCCAGGGCCAAUUCUUGGAAGACUGGGAGAUGUUUCUCGACCCGUGUCAUCAGCCGGACAUAUUCAACCUCCACGACUUUCACACGACGCCUCAUCUCUAUGACUUGCAGCAAGACCUUUUGCCAGUCUUUAGUAGAUCAAAGACGGAUAGUUUCAACGAUAUUCUGUUCCCGCUUAUAAGCCCUUACUUACGGGGUCCAGACGAUGUAGCGUUUGAAAAGAAGAAGGAUAUCGUCUUCUGGCAAGGGGACGCCAGCGAUUCGCGAGUCAUAACGCACUCUUCGCUUUUCGGCGGACACCGGCAUCGAUUAGUCCAUCUUGCAAAUAACGCCAGUGCUGAUGAUGUGAUAUCUGUACUUCUCGGCGACAAAGUCGAUGGGAAGGACAAAUUUAAAUACGAAAAGACGUUACUAGAAGAGGCAAAUGGUCCUCUACCUUUUCAGUUCUCUUUUACAGAUGACGGGACUUGUACGGAUGCAAAACAUUGCCAGCUUCUGCGAGCUGAAUUUGGCUUCAAGGAGCCGGUUAAGGCAUUUGAUAACCGAUAUAUCAUGGUACUUGACAACGCGGACGGGCCAUCUGAUCAUCUACUUUGGAUUCUUCGGUCCAAUAGCGUACCAGUGUUGUCAACUAUCUUCCGCGAGUGGUAUACAGAGCGGUUACUGCCGUGGGUACAUUUCGUGCCUGUUGAUCUACGCUACCACGGUCUACAUAGCACAUUGGCAUAUUUCAUCGGUCUUAAGAAUCGAGGGCCGAUUAAUGGGAAAUCUCGGCUUACCCAGGGCCGGUUGGAAGACGCGCGCUGGAUCGCGGAGGAGGGGCGCUGUGGUGAAGACCGGACUGAGACCCCAUUGACGAUGGCGGUUAUCGACGAAGACACAUUUUCCAAUAUUCCAUGGAACAGCAGUAACAAUGAGAGCGGAAUGCUUGGUUCCAGCUCGUCUACACCUACUAUAGAAGCAGAACCCCCCAGCGCUCAAGCCCAACAUCAUGGUGCCGACCUGGAGCGCCUGGAUCCCGGCUUGUCCGGCGACAUUCUUGAGUGUAUCGUAUCCGAGCCUCGUAAGGAGCAAGACGGUACUAAAGAUGCAUUCGUAUCAUAUUUAAUUACUACUCAUUCAACAUUCCCCUCCUUUCAAAAAUCAACAUUCACCUCCCGCCGUCGCUUUACCGAUUUCGUCUUCCUCUACAAGACCCUAUCUAAAGACUACCCAGCAUGCGCGGUACCACCGCUGCCAGAUAAGCAACGCAUGGAGUACGUGCGAGGCGAUCGCUUCGGCUCAGACUUCACCAACCGACGAGGCUUCUCCCUACAACGUUUCCUCGCGCGCAUUACCCUGCACCCCAUUCUCCGCCGAGCGCCUAUCUUCCAUACCUUCCUCGAGUCCCCCGACUGGAAUGCGACUAUGAAGUCCCGUGCCUCUAGGACUAGCACGACUUCCGACCAGGGGAGCGGCGGCGUUUUUGACAACUUUGCCGACACCUUCAUCAACGCCUUUACCAAGGUUCACAAGCACGACAAGCGGUUCGUCGAAGUUCGCGAGAAGAGCGACAAGCUGGAUGAAGAUUUAGGGCACGUGGAAAAGGUCGUGGCGCGGGUCGCCCGACGGGAAGUAGACCUCGAGACGGAUCUGCGGGAUCUUACAGAGCAAUUCCAAAAGCUGAUCACUCUAGAACCGGGGGUCGAGAGUGCGGUACACGGAUUUGCAGCUAGUGUGGAGGACACGGCGACAGGGCUGAAAAAGCUGCGCGAGCACACGGACCAGGACUAUCUAGGCAGUCUGCGAGACAUGCAAGCGUACAGCCUCGCGCUGAAGAACCUGCUCAAGGCGCGCGAGCAGAAACAACUCGACCACGAGCAACUCACCGAGUACCUAAAUAAAUCAACAGCGGACCGCGAUUCGUUAGCUUCGGGGUAUGGGUACGGGAGCGCGGGAGCGCUAGGCGGCGCCGGGGGCUUCAUCCGGUCUAAGAUCGAGGACGUGCGGGGUGUAGACCACGAGGCUAGCCGGCGCGAACGCCUGCGCAAGCUUGAGAUGCGUAUCGACGAACUGACAACGGAAGCCGAGCGCGCGAAGAAGACAAGUCAAGCUUUUGACGAGGAGGUUGUGAAAGAGGUUGUUGAUUUCGAGCGCAUCAAGCGCGUCGAGCUGAAACGUCAGCUAGGUGGCCUGGCGGAUUCGCAUGUCGAGUUUUAUGGUAGCGUGGUGGAUGUCUGGGAGCAGUAUGUGCGGGAUAUGGAGAAGGAGGGGUUGAGCUCGUCGGCGUAUACGGGGUGA